AUGGUUUCCGUAACAAUCACGUACAAGAAACCAGGCACCCAACCUCCCCUCUUCGUCGCCGGCUCUUUCUCAGAUCCACAAUGGCAGCCUCAGGAAAUGCUGUUCACCACUGAGGACGGCGGAGAACACACCUUUCACAAGAGCAUUGAGGUGCCGCCUAGCUCGCAGAUCCAGUACAAAUUCCGUGUUGGUCUGGGAGACUGGUGGGUUCUUAAUGAGGACGCUCCUACGGUGACCGACGCAUCUGGCAACCGAAACAACGUCUUGGCAGCCCCAGAAUCUCAAGAGAACAAACAGCUGAACGGUGACGACGCCGAACAGGCCGCCAAGGUCUCCGAAAGUAUGGAGGUUUCCAAGUCUACCACCGCCCAAUUACCCUCCCAGCACGAGUCGAAGCCCAAGGUGUUAGAUCACCUGAAGGAUGGAGACCGGCAAAGACUCUCAUCGACGCCAAUUGAAGAAGUCGCGGAUACUGCCGCAGAGGUCGCCGACAGCGCCGCGAAGCUUGACGCUGAAGAGGAUACCACGCGUCUUGCACCGCUUCCCAAGAACGUGCAUCAUCUGAAGGACGAGGAGCGAAAGCGUCUCUCUUCCACGCCCAUCGAGCAGGUUGCCAGCGUGGCCGCUGAGGUUGCCGACAGUGCCCAAGAGCUGGAUGCUGACGAGGAUGUUGAUGAAAGAGAUGCAUUGGAUGACAACCCCCCACCUUUGUUUGCCCACGAAGCUCUCGGACCUUACGAACCUUCGGCCAGUGACGACGAAGAUGACGAUUCCAAGAGAAUUGAUCACCACGGCACAGUGGAUUACGACGUCGACAAGUACGAUCUGAAUGACCCGACGCUGGAGCGCUGGCCCUCGAACCGCAAUGGCAUCAUCGACGCCGUACGCAAGGUCGAGACUGGCCGUAACGAAGACCAGACGUUCUUCCACGGCGCCCCCGUCUCGCCUGUCAUUGGAUCGCGCAGAGUCAGUCUCGACCACUACUACGAGGAAGCUGUCCUCUCGUCAGGACCGUCUAGCCCGGGGUCUACCAAGAGGCUCGAGUUGCCUAGAAAGUCUCACGGCUCAAUGGUAUCGGACAGAUCACUCCUGUCUCUGGGGUCAAUUGCUGAAGAGGACAAGGAAACGCCGAACGCUGAGGAGGCCAACCGCGAGAACGACGGUUUGGUCCGGGUCCCGAGCCCUGCGAUACGGCCAACACCGAACGCCUUUACAUCUCCGGCAAGCGACGAGGACGAGGGAGUCGUUAUGAAGGGCUCCAAGGCCAAGCCCGUGAAGAGCUCCGAGAAGGCGGGGCCAGACUCGCCAAGCAUCAACGGCGAGUCCAACGGUCGGGUUUCAAGGGAUCUGUCGCCCAAGGCACAGCCGGCACAGCCAGCAAGCUCUGGCAGCCGCGUCGAGUCACCCGAGCAGCUCGCCGAGUCGAGCCAUGCUCAGGAUGACAGCCAAUCCAAGUCUGUUGCUUUCGACCCUAGCGGUGAGGCGUCGACGACCGGCCGAGAUGACGGCCACAAGGGACAAAUCAAGAAGCGUGGACCUUCCUCGACCGAACGUCCUGGAACUCCCUCCUCGAUACACAGCGUCACAGACAGCAAGGGCGGCUGGCUGCAGGCUUUCUUCCGCGUGCUGUUCGUAGACUGGAUCGGUAGUUUGUUCAGCCGGUUAUUCGGCACCAAGAGAAAGGCGUAA